GGGAGCAAGCCAACAAUUAGCCACGCCUACCGUUCACUGCCACUGGGAAAGUUUUCUGAAGUCCCGUUGAUGUCCGCAUUUAUCCCAGUUUUUCUGGAUUAAUGCUGAAUUUCUGGUGGAUUUUAUUCUGAUGGUGGAAUAAGAGGGAAGCAUGGUGGUGAAUUCCGUGCACUGGUUCCGCAAAGGUCUUCGGCUGCAUGAUAAUCCGGCACUGCAAGAGGCCCUUAGCGGAGCGGACACGGUACGCUGUGUUUAUGUCCUGGACCCUUGGUUCGCCGGAGCCGCUAACGUCGGGAUCAACAGAUGGAGGUUUCUGCUGGAGUCUCUGGAGGACUUGGACAACAGUCUGAAGAAGCUCAACUCGAGGCUGUUUGUGGUCAGAGGUCAGCCGACCGAGGUCUUCCCGAGGCUCUUUAAGGAAUGGAAUGUGACCCGGCUGACGUUCGAAUACGACCCGGAGCCCUACGGGAAGGAGAGGGACGGCGCCAUCAUCAAGAUGGCCCAGGAGUUUGGAGUGGAGACGGUGGUCAGGAACUCGCACACCCUCUACAACCUGGACAGGAUAAUCGAGAUGAACAACAACAACCCGCCUCUGACCUUUAAGCGCUUUCAGACCAUUGUGAGCCGACUGGAGUUGCCUAGGAGACCUCUGGCUUCUGUCAGCCAGCAACAGAUGAACCAAUGCCUCGGCAAAAUCUCCGACAACCACGACCAGCUGUACAGUAUACCUUCACUGGAGGAGCUAGGUUUCAGGACGGAGGGGUUACCUCCAGCUGUGUGGCGCGGAGGAGAGUCGGAGGCUUUGGACCGACUGAGCAGAUACCUGGACAAAAACGUGUGGGUGGCCAACACUCGGGUGAAGACUUGCUCUCUGUAUGCCAGCCCCACAGGCCUCAGCCCCUACCUGCGCUUCGGCUGCCUGUCCUGCAGGAUGCUAUACUACAACCUCAGAGAGAUCUACAUGAAGCUCUGUAAGCGGAGCAGUCCUCCUCUGUCGCUCUACGGCCAGCUCCUAUGGAGGGAGUUCUUCUACACCGCCGCCACCAACAACCCAAACUUUGACCGCAUGGAGGGAAACCCCAUCUGCGUGCAGAUCCCAUGGGACCAGAACCCAGAGGCACUGGCCAAGUGGGCCGAGGGACGGACUGGCUUCCCCUGGAUCGACGCCAUCAUGACUCAGCUGAGGCAGGAGGGCUGGAUCCACCACCGGGCGCGGCACGCCGUGGCCUGCUUCCUCACCAGAGGCGACCUGUGGAUCAGCUGGGAGAGCGGGAUGAAGGUGUUUGAGGAGCUGCUGCUGGACGCCGACUGGAGCGUGAACGGCGGCAGCUGGAUGUGGCUGUCCUGCAGCGCCUUCUUCCAGCAGUUCUUUCACUGCUACUGUCCCGUGGGCUUCGGGAGGAGGACCGACCCAUCAGGAGACUACAUCAGGCGUUACAUUCCCAUCCUGAAGGACUUUCCGAACCGCUACAUCUACGAGCCGUGGAACGCCCCAGAGUCUCUGCAGAAGGCGGCGAACUGCGUGGUGGGAGUGGAUUACCCCAAACCGAUGAUAAACCACGCAGAAGGCAGCCGGCUCAACAUCGAGCGCAUGAAGCAAGUUUACCAGCAGCUGUCCCAUUACAGGGGACUCAGCCUACUAGCGUCGGUACCGACGAUCCAGGAGGAAGCAGAGCCGCCGAUGACAGACGAGUCUCAGACCAGCAGCGGACCCGAUUCUCCUCCCAGAGUUCUCGCCGACAUCGAAGCAGCCGUCUGCCUGAUGGCUCCAGAUUCCUCCACUUCGGCUCCGGACCAGGACAACGUGUCGCUCCAUCGGGUGUUCCAGGAUCACUGCACCUCCUCGGGCUGGCCGUCCUCUCCUGCCUCCAGUCCGCCACAAAGCCCCGCACCUCGAUCCAAACCCGGAUCUCCCUCCUCCUCCUGCCCCUCACCGUCCGCCAGUCCGUCCUCGCUGCCCCCGAGAAGGAAAGGCAUCGCCCACAAGGGCCGGCGAAGCCAAAGACGGAGAGAACGUCCGUCCUGCCCGAUGGCGAAGGAAGAGGAUGAGGAGGAGAGGAUGCAGGAGGAGGUGGAUGAAGAGAGGAUGGAGGAGGAGACGGCAGCAGCAGCGCAGCAGUGAUAUUAAGUGGACAGACAAGGGGCGGUUUCUGAGAACAAUCUGUAUAUUUCCUCCAUCCAGUUGGAAACUAAGGAACGUUCCUUUGGAUCUGGAGGCACAUGAUGCAACGAAUGGAAGAGGAGCAGCACAUUUAAACCCCAGUUAACCCAAAUCAAGACAGAAACUGCA